AUGUUUGAUGACCUGUGCGAAGCGCCUGCGAACGAAGCAAUCGAAUACGAGAUCCGCACGUUCAGCUCCAGCUCUGCGCAAGAGCCGACGAUUUAUCUGGGUCCGCCAGAUGACAAGGUGGACAAAGCAUGGGAGGACAUCUAUGGAGCUUAUCAACGAACACGAAUCGACGGUGCUGAGGCUGCGAGGCUUCCAAAUCAAACGGCCAGCAUCACCAAUGAUCCAGGGCAUUACUUGAUCACAAUCGAUGUGUUUCACCAGUUACAUUGCCUUGACUUUGUCAGGAAGCGCUUGUACCCUUCAAGGUACGACACGGUAGCGGACCUGGCGAAAGACCGGAACGGAUCCAGGGCACUUGAAAUUGAACACACUGGUAUGUAUACUCCCAUUAUACAAACCAUGUACUUGAUCAGGAUACCAACUCAAUCCACCAUAGAACACUGCAUUGAUAGCAUCCGCCAGUCUCUUCAGUGCUCGGCCGAUGUCACUCCUGUGCUCUACAAAUGGGAUGGAUAUGUGGGAGAAAUAAAAGGGGACGCCAGGACAAUACAUACGUGUCGCAACUUUACCAAGAUUCAGGAGUGGGCGGCGACUCAUAGUGUGAAAGAGUGA